AUGAUGAUGCCACUCACUGUGGAUGGGCGGCGGUGUUCACUGUUUCACUUCUUUUUCUUAACUUUUCUCUCUUACCCACACACUAGGAAAGCAAGCAAGCAAGCGCUACUCGCUACUGUGAAAUUCGAAGGCACUGAAAGGACCAACAACACACACACACAUAUUUAUAUGCUCUCACGUGUUGCUGCAGUCAAGGCACCCCGCACACACAACCGUUGCCGCGUGACCGGAUCCAGCGGAAGGAGGAGGGAAGGAAGAGAGAGUGAGCCGCGGAGGCCCAACAUGUCCCGGCGUGUGUUUGCUUCCGCGGUGCUGCUCCUCCUCGUCUUUAUGAUGUGCUGCGGCAGUGAAGCUGUGAUCGCUGAUGAGGAGUCAAGGCCAGGAAGGGGAUCGGAAACGGAGAAAUAUUUUGAUUGGAGAGAUACAAAAGAUGGGGAAACAGUGAGUUCGCUUCGUGUUCCCAGUCUUGUUGAGAUGAAUGGCGAAGUAUUUGCCGUUGCCGAGGCGCAGUUGAAGGAAGAAAGCGGCUUUACUGGGAUUGCCUCGGAGCUUCUGACGUUAACUGGUCAGGAAUCAAAAGAGUUGGUUACAUCUCAAGUGAAGACACAAGUACUGGUGGAAUGUCCAUCCGACAAAAAGAAUUGUGUCUCCCAUUCAGAAGCUUCGGCUGGUUCUCAGAGUGAGAAGAAAGUACUUGUGAGCCGACCAACAACAGUCGUGCAGGGAAGUGAUAUUUACAUGUUUGCUGGAAGCUACAGUUUUGAAGUUACUGAUAAGGCCUCUUCUGAGGCUCAAUGGGGACUUUUGCUGGCGAGGGGCAACGUCAAUAAUGAUGCGAGCAGAGGCAACCGAAUUUAUUGGAGCGAAGCUUACGUUAUCCCGUGGAUCCAUUUUGAAAAACAACACGAGUCAUUGACAGGGCUGAUUGGCGGCGGUGGAUCGGGUGUUCGGAUGAAGGACGGUACGCUUGUGUUGCCAGUGGAAGGGACGAAGAAGGAGAAAAAGAAGGGAGACACAGAAGAGGAAGGAAAGACCGUUUCGCUGAUCCUAUACUCGAAGGAUGCUGCGGGUGGAAAUCUGUCGAAGGGGACGUCUGCCGAUGGUUGCAGUGAUCCCUCCGUUGUGGAAUGGAAGGACGGAAAACUCAUGAUGAUGACUGCGUGUGAUGACGGCCGCCGCAGGGUGUACGAGUCCGCUGACAAGGGGGAUUCGUGGACGGAGGCACUCGGGACACUCUCGCGCGUGUGGAGCAGCAAACACAAGGUUGAAAAAGUGAAAUUCGCUAGAAGCGGGUUCAUCACAGCGAGGAUUGAGAACAGGGACGUGAUGCUCGUCACUCUGCCGGUGUACGCCAAAAAAGAAGAAAAGGAAAAGGAAAAUGUGGAAAAGGGUGAACUCCAUCUUUGGCUGACGGACAAUACGCACAUUGCUGAUAUCGGGCCGGCAUCUGUGGAAGGAGACGAUGUUGCCGCCAGCGCCCUGUUGUACAAAAGCGGAGAUAAUAAUGAGUUGAUUGCACUGUACGAGAAGAAGAAGGGCGGUGGGGAUACAUCACUCGGUAUGGUCUCUGUGCGUCUGACUGAGAAGCUGCAGCGGGUGAAUGAUGUGCUGACGACCUGGAAGAAAGUGGACGAACGUGUCUCCCAGCUGUGCGCCACUUUACUUGCUCAGAAGGGUUUCUCAGCUGGCACUGCCUGCGGCGCUGGUAAGAUCACGGAUGGGCUGGUUGGCUUUUUGUCCGGUAACUUCUCUGAUAACACAUGGAGGGACGAAUACCUCGGGGUGAACGCCACAGUAAAGAACGGUGCAGCAAAGGCAGCAAAGACUUCCGAUGGUGUGACCUUCCAUGGAGCGUGGGCGGAGUGGCCUGUUGGCAAGCAAGGGGAGAAUCAGCUGUACCACUUUGCGAACUACAACUUUACUCUUGUGGCGACGGUGUCCAUCGACAAGGUGCCGGAGGAGGGAGAUACCCCCAUUCCAUUGAUUGGUGUGAAGCUGAAUGAUGGAAAGACUGUAUUCCUGGGACUGUCGUACAACAACAAAGAGAAGAAAUGGAUGCUGCAGUGCGGUGGCGGAACGAAGCCAGAGGAGCUCAGCAGCCCUGGGGAACCGGGGACAAAACGCCACGUGGCCAUUGUGCUACAGAACGGCAACCAGGGCACCGCGUACGUCGAUGGUCAGCGUGUGGGGAAUGAGCAAUGUGCAUUUGGAAAUUCGGAAUCGCAAGAGAUCUCACACUUCUACAUUGGAGGCAAUGCAGAGAACAAAAAAAGCCGUGGAGUCGUUCCUGUGACGGUGACGAACGUCCUGCUGUACAACCGCCCGUUGGAUGAAGCAGUGAUUACUGCGCUUAACACGGAAAGCGUUACUAUUCCAAAGCUGGAUCAUGCAAAACCAGAGCCGAGGGGUACUCCGUCCACUCCUGCCGGGCAACAGCCGUCGGAAUUGGGGCAUUUGGUGGGAAGCAGUAAAGUUGCGAGUGGUGGUGUGGAGGGGGCCGAUUCACAGAUCAGGGAAGUAAAUGCCACGGCACUCAGCAGCAACCUCGUAAAUGUGUCGCAAGAAAAUAACAACGAUGCCAGCAGUAUGCGUGGGAGCGGACUGCUGCCAUCGCUGCUUCUUCUGUUGGGACUGUGGGGGCUUGCGGCUCAGUGA